ACAUUUCAUAUACAAACACAGAGUACAAAAAAAAAAAAAAAAAACACAGAGUACAGAGACUACAAGAGGAACAAUUAUCAAUGACAUGUGGUAAUACAUGAAAUUACAGUAAUACAAUGAAAUUACAUUGAAAGCAGAGAAAGGAGCAGAACUGGGAGCCGGUUCCACAUGGUGGGAGCCCGGGGUUAAGUAAAUGUUUACACCCACUGGGUCUGGGUUACCUCAAUUAAUAAGUGGAGCAGCUGUUUUGAUUGAUGCUCAAUUAGAAUUGAAUGCACCCAUUGAAUCCAGGCUGUCUCAAUGGAUCAGCUGCGAUUGAUGUUCUGUCUGCGAUCCCUCAGUCAUGGCUCUAGUCCACCUUGAUUUAUUCAAACAUGACUGAAAAGGGAAGUCUGACAAAAAAUUUCCUCGUUAAACUUCCUCUGAAUGAACAACAUGUCAGGAAGUCCAGAAUGAAGAAAUCCAUCACAUGUGUCAGAGGAUGACUUUUCUCUUUUUCUCUCCAUCAGAUUUCUCUCAACUUGAACUGGAUCCAAACUCAAUGAGCAGAAAACUCAAACUGUCCAACAACAACAGGAAGGUGACAUAUAUGGAGGAAGAGCAGCUGUAUCCUGAUCAUCCAGACAGAUUUGACAUCUUGCCUCAGCUGCUGUGCAGAAAUGAUCUGAGUGGUCGAAGUUACUGGGAUGUUGAGUGGAGAGGAAAGGUUUAUAUAUCAGUGAGUUACAGAGGAAUCAGGAGGAAAGGAGACAUGAAUGAUGCUAUGUUUGGAUGGAAUGAUCAGUCCUGGACUCUGUACUGCUCUGAUGAAGGUUACUAUGUCAGGCACAAUGGCAGAAAAACAUCCUCCUCCUCCUCCUACUCCUCCUCCUCCUCAUCCUCCUCUGGUAGAGUAGCAGUGUAUGUGGACUGUCCUGCUGGCUCUCUGUCCUUCUUCAGAGUCUCCUCUGACUCUCUGAUCCACCUCUACACCUUCAACACCACAUUCACUCAACCUCUCUAUGCUGGUUUUGCACUCUGGUCUUCUGGUUCUUCAGUGAGUCUGUGUCCUCUGUAGGAAGGAUGGUCUCUGUCUCUGACAGCAGUCCUGUCAGGACCAAUCAGAGAUCCAGAGAACAUCAGUGGAGUUCAGCAGGGUUCACAGACGGAGCCUCCAACACUUUGUAAAUAUGUCGUCAGUUUAAAGUCCGAGUAAAGCAAACUCAGCCAUUUUCUUCCAAACACCUUAAAUAGGUCAUAAAUGUAUUUCUUUACAACAUAUAAAAGUCAUUUCUCCAUUUAUGAGGUAGACUUCACAGACUUUUUCAGCGCCUUUGUGUUCAGGAUUUAAUGGGCGGGUCAGAAAUGAGGGCUGCGUUACGUAACGGGGCCCUCAUUAACAUAAACCCGCCCCCGGAUGCUGAAACGAUAUAAAUACAUCUAGCGCAUUAGCAUCAGUGGUUUUCCCGCUAGCUUUCGAGUCUCGGAUAGCAUCUCGUACGAAAGUUUGCAGCUUGCUAACCAGUCAAUCAGUCAGCUAACCAGGCAUGUCACCUCCAUGUCGCUCCUGCAUCUGUCCUGUGUGCCACAGUGUGCAGGGUAACGAUGCCGUUAGCUAAAUAAACCCGCGCGGCCCGCCUCGCAGGUUGUUCUCAUCCCCGGGGGGGGUGUCGGCCCGGGGGGGUCAGCCCACCCCAGGCGAGGCGCAGCCGGGUCCUGGAGGCCUCCUCCCCGCGGAAGGACACAUUUUUUUGUAUUAAUCAAUAAUAUGCAAAUUUACAGAUAUUUUACAUGAAAUGAGUGAUAACUCGUGUCAUCAAGACUUUUUUGCCAGAAUAGGUAUGUCUUGAGAUUCUUACUUGUGUGCCUUGGACACACAACAUUUGGCAACCACUGCACCUGACCAGUUUGAAGUGAGAUGAAAGUAAUCCAAAAUUAUUUAGAAUACAUUAUUUUACUUGAGUAAUACAAGGGAAUACGUUACAUGUGAUAUUUUAGGACAUAUAAUCAGUUUAGUUUAGUUUAGUUACAUUUUUUUAUAUGUUUCUUAAAUGUCAUAAUUGUUUUGCACUCUUUGAUUUCCUGUUUCAGAGCAUUCCGUCAGUUCACUCCUUUCACGGCAAUGCUUCUUUCUUUGAUUUUGGUUCUGAAUCUGGGUUUUUUGAACACGUCUAUUCCUUUAAGAUUGUAUAUACUAGUUCUUAUUUCAAACAUAUUCUUAAGAUUUACAGGCAAUGAAUUCCACUUUGCCUUAUACAUUUUUUUAGGAUACUUCAAUCAACAAUAUCAUGAAAUUUCAAUACUUUCAGUUUGAUAAAUAAUGGAAUAGAUGGUUCUCGAUAAUGACUGUUUGUAAUUAUGCUUAAAGCCUUUUUUUGUAAAAUAACAAUUGUCUGUAAAUAAGAUUUGCAUGUCUUACCCCAUACUUCAACACAAUACAUGAGAUAAGGUAAAAUCAAAGUGUUAUACAAUGUUAACAAAGCACAACUGUUCAGAAAAAAAUUAACUCUGUGUCACACAGAAAUGGCCUUCCCAAUUUUCCCUUUGGUAUAAGUAAUGUGAGAUUUCCACUUUACAUCGUCGUCAAUCAUCACUCCUAAGAAUUUUGUUUCUGUUACACGAUGAAUUUCAACUCCAUCUAUUUCGAGUUUUACUUUCACUUGUUCGUUUCUAUUAUUAAACAACAUAAAAUUUGUUUUUUUGGCAUUUAGGAUCAAUCUGUUUAGAUCAAGCCAGUGUUUUAUUACUUUCAAUUCUUCAUUCACUACUUUUGUGACGUCUUGUAUACUUUUACCUGAAUGAAUCAGUAAUGUGGAGGGGAAUACAUUAACAAGUAGCCCUCGCAACACUGACCUUAGAUUUGGCAGCCAUGGUGGUCCAACCCAAGAUGGAGGCCACCAGCUACUUAAUGUCACUUCUGUGAAAACAGUGACAAAAAAAAAACAUGUUACUGCAAGAGAGAGGGAGUCAGUCUGAAUCUGUUUUGACAAUAACCCGAUGUGUCUCCAUAUUUUCCUUCAUUGAUUUUUUCUUUUUUUUACUUUAUUUCAAUCAGAUCAAUUCUGUGUAUUAUCCCCUAUUGUGCAUUGAUCAGGAUUUAAAUGGAAUUUAAACAUUUUCUUGAUUGUCUGAUCUGAUUUCUUCUAAAAGGCUACGGAAAAAAAAAAUCUUUUGGCCUUUUGGAUAAACAACUUUUGCUUCUAUUGAAUGUUUUGAAGGGUUUUUUUUUUGUGUGUUUUUGAUGCUGUGGAGAAACAUUAUUCAUGGCUGCAGCUGUAACUGGAAUUUUUGUAAUUGUGAAAUAAAAUUACAUCAUUGUUUGACA